AUGGCUAGACCUCAACGACCGUCACGCGCCCGGCCAAAAAGGCUUCCGCUCGGUCAACGGCUGCGGGGGCACAACUUCCUCGCGGCCACGCUCGUCGACCAGGCCCGCCGCAAGUGUCGCACCCUCUUUGAAGUCUGGUACGACUUCCGCAACGCGUUCGGUAGUGUACCGUUCGAGCUGCUAUGGGAUGCGCUGACACGACUUGGCGUUCCCGAGGACUACGUCGCCAUGUGCAAGGGUCUCUACGAGAGUGCAGCGUUUGUCGUCGGGAACGCUGUGGACGGUACCACGGACCCAGUCCAACUGCGUGUCGGCGUCUUCCAGGGGUGCCCGCUCAGCCCGCAGCUAUUUAAUGCUGCCAUCAGCCUGCUGCUCUUUGCGCUGCAACAACUGCCUGACACAGGCGUGCAGCUUUCAAGCGAUGACAGCCUCGGUGUCUCGGCGUACGCCGACGACCUCAAGAUCUUCAGUGGCAUCAAGCGACAAGACGCACUCGUGAGCGACUUCCUGCGCUGGACUGGCAUGGCAGCAAAUCCAGGAAAGUGCUGCACCAUGUCGGUCCAACGCUACCAUCGUGGCAUGCUCAAGGCGGAAGACCUCCACCUCCAGCUUGACGGUUCGCCGAUCCCCGCGCUGUCAAUGAGCGCCUCGUACACCUACCUGGGGAUCGGCGACGGCUUCGACCACGUACGCCGCCGCGUCGAGCUCGCGCCGACCCUCAAGCUACUCAAGGACGACGCGACAGCGCUCAUGCAGUCCGGUCUUGCUCCAUGGCAGGUGGUGAAGGCGGUGAAGACACACUUGGCGCGUGGCCUCCGCCAUCUCCUUCGCCUGCCCGUCACCGCCACAGCGGAGUGGCUCUACGCGCCGGCUUCACGCGGCGGACUGGGCUUGUUGCCACUGACGGAGCUGCACGCGGCGCUCCAAGUCGCACACGGAUGGCAGAUACUGCAUACCAAGGACCCAGCCAUCCGGCGCAUCGCGCGCGUGCAACUCCGGCAGAUCGCUGACGCACGACACCGGCUCGACGCUCACGCGUGGGAGGGGGUGACGAGGAGCUGUGCACGAUGCUCCUCGACUCCCAGCUGGGCACGUCGCCGGACGCACCACCGAAGCGGAGUAACGGGGACAUUGGCUCACUCUGAAUCGACGUCAAGCUGGCUAGACCACCGCACCGUGUUGCGGCACGUGAAACUCCACAUCAAGCACAAGCACUGGCGGCGCUGGGCAGAGAUGCGGGACCAGGGCAAGACGGCACGGGCUCACGGCGAGACUGGGAGCGUGUUCCUCACGCGUCCUCGGGGACUUUGGGAGUCCGACUACCGCUUUGCGGUGGCCGCCCGCUUGAACCAGCUAGACACCCACAUGUGCGCGCGCUCGGAGACACUCGCGCACGUGCUCAACCAUUGCCCUUGCACAAUGGACGCGGUCUGCGGUCGCCAUGACGACGCGCUCAAGACUAUUGAGCGCGCACUCGUCGCGUCGUCAAGCGACAGCAAGGACCGCGUCGAGAUCCGCACUAACCAGACAGUGCCGUCGCUUGCCGGCCCCGCGCUACGUCCCGACCUCCAACUCUACAAUCACACCAAGAGGACGGUGGCGGUGGUCGACCUGGCCGUGGCGUUCGAGGAGCAGGCGGACGACGGCACUGAGAGCUCCGCACUGGCGCGCAUCGCCGCGCACAAGCGCACCAAGUACGGACGGGUGCAGCGCCAUCUCGAGCGCCAAGGGUGGAAGGUCCACCUCCCGGCCCUCGUGUACGGGUCGUGGGUGCGAUGGCAUCCAGCAGACCACAAGGUCUACACGGAGCAGCUCGGGCUCCUUAAACGCGAUGCGAAGCGGCUGGACAGCCGCCGCAUCUGGAAUCUCCACUGCAGCCAGCACCGAGACCGCCAGCAGCAACGACACCAGAACGCACGGGGCAGUCGGGUGACGGAGAAGACCGGGGGGACUCCGUCACAACUGGCCGCCGCUAGUCGGUAA